GAGCGCCAGGCCAUAGCCCCCGUUUGGGCUCGGGCUGGACCCGGUGCUUACCCCGCGGCGGGCUGAGGGAGGUACUCAAAUAAUUUUGAACUUUUUAUGCUGUAUAAUCAAGAUGUGCAGAUGCUUAGAAGUAUAAGACUAUCUUGCUUUUAACUUAACUGGAGUUAUCAGCUUCUUGGGAUGUUGCGAAGGUUCAAGUUAUUCCAGACAUGGUUGCUGUGGUGUUGCUCUGGGAGAAUGCCUUGAUGGAUGACUAAUACCAUUCAGUGAUGGGCUGUGGGACUAGCAAAGUACUUCCCGAGCCUCCUAAGGAUGUUCAUUUGGAUCUUGUUAAAAAGGUCGAGCCAUUCACUGGUUAUAAAACGGACAUAUAUAAGCACUUCAUCAAGAGUGAUGGCGAUGCCAUCAAGUCUGCUAUCCCUUCUCCUCCUUGUCACACAAACCCACAUGUGGAACAGCCAGAGCCUCGUAAAAACAGAGUGGCAAAGUAUCGUGCAAAAUUUGAUCCCAGAGUGACAGCAAAGUACGACAUCAAAGCCCUGAUUGGCCGAGGUAGCUUUAGCCGUGUGGUGCGGGUUGAGCACAAGGCUACAAAGCAGCCCUACGCAAUCAAAUUGAUAGAGACCAAAUACCGCGAGGGACGAGAAGUGUGUGAGUCAGAGCUGUGUGUGCUGCGUCGUGUGCGGCAUACCAACAUUAUCCAGCUCAUUGAAGUGUUUGAGACUCAGGAGCGUGUUUACAUGGUGAUGGAAUUGGCCACUGGAGGUGAAUUGUUUGACCGUAUCAUUGCUAAAGGCUCCUUCACAGAAAGAGAUGCUACCCGGGUGCUGCAGAUGGUCUUGGAUGGGGUUAAAUACUUACAUACAUUGGGCAUAACUCACAGGGACUUAAAGCCAGAGAACUUGUUAUAUUACCAUCCAGGCAUGGAUUCUAAAAUAAUGAUCACAGACUUUGGACUGGCAAGUGCUCGAAAGAAAGGAGACGAUUGCUUAAUGAAGACCACUUGUGGGACGCCGGAGUAUAUAGCCCCAGAGAUCUUGGUCAGAAAACCUUACACUAACUCUGUAGACAUGUGGGCCCUGGGUGUUAUCUCAUACAUCCUACUGAGCGGGACUAUGCCUUUCGAGGAUGACAACCGCACUCGUUUGUAUCGGCAAAUCCUGAAAGGAAAGUACAGUUACUCAGGGGAGCCAUGGCCCAGCGUGUCCAAUCUUGCUAAGGAUUUCAUUGACCGCCUGCUCACAGUGGAUCCUAGUGACCGCAUGACAGCACUUCAAGCCUUAAAGCACCCCUGGGUGGUCAGCAUGGCUGCUUCUUCUUCCAUGAAGAACUUGCAUCGCUCUAUCUCUCAGAACCUGCUCAAGAGGGCAUCGUCUCGUUGCCAAAGCACCAAAUCAGCUCAGUCUACCCGUUCUAGCCGCUCCACCAAAUCCAACAAGUCCCGGCGAGUACGAGAACGGGAGUUACGAGAGUUGAACUUGCGUUAUCAACAGCAGUGCAAUGGCUGACAAUUCAGCAACAUUCAGACCAGUCCAUUCUUCUUCCAUCGUCAGGACAUGUUCUGCACUGUGUCUAUUAAGAGGGGCUUGGGCUCCACUUGCCCUCUUUUUUAUCUCAAAGACCAACCUUCUUCUUGUCUUGAAGGAGAUGCAGCUUUUGGGACACUUCACCCAGGUAGGGUCAGUUAACAGUAUCUGUCCCAAGAUGGGGAAUUGGAAAAGUCUGUUUCGUUGCCUGACAUACUGGAGCCACACGGAAGAGAAGAUUCUUACCCAGCCUGGAAUCUUUACUGUUCCUAUCUAUUUAUUGACUUCAAGUUAACAAAAAAUCAUCCUUGUUGCUACAGGGUCUGGUCAUCUGGAAUACAAUCUUCUACCCACUCACCUGGGAGAAAUCACUAUCAGACUCCUUGGGACUGACUUCUGAGUAGACACAUAUAGGGUUGCACUCUCUUUAAGGGGGAGGACUUUCAAAAGGUGUCUCCUUGAUUUAAAAUCAGGAUCAAAGGACAUCUGGAUGUGCCCAAAGCACUUCUCCAAGAGAAUACAGAGGGAUGGCUAAGUUUCUCUUGUGGCUGCAGCUUCUCACACUGUAUCAAACAUUACUCCAGAGCUUCUGAUAACAUUAGAAGUGGUUUUGGGGGGGCAUAAGGGGCUGGAAUGGGGAGAUCUGAAAGCCCCCUGUAUGUGUGGAGCACUGUGUGCAUCUCUCUGGAGGCUCAUUUUGCAGCCUUUGUUUCUCAGAGUCACAAUUUUCACUAAAACAACUGCCUUCCAUCCAUAUUGCUGUAAAAUGAGGACCAAAUUCUACAUUGGUUCUGGUGCAAGAAAUCAGAGAUUAUCACUGCUAGUGCUCUUCUCCCUCUUUCCCUCCACUUGCUUCUUAAACCUGAGAAAGGGUUGUGCCUUAAUCACAUAGCCUUGCUGGAAAUGGGCUGGGCUCGACUUUGUCCCCCCUCCUUUUCUCCCACGUAUUUUGGAGUAUUGUCUUGGUUUCCAUUAUAUCUUUCCAUUUAAUGCUGGGAUGAAUUAUAGCCAACCCAGUCAUUGUUCUGACUCAGCCGAAGCUCCGGUGUGUGACUCAGUAAUGCAACAUUGAAAGCAACCGAGAAAACCACGGGCAGCUUUCUUCUCUCUUCCAGCAUCCUAUGCACAUAUCAGAGCACCUCCCACCCCAGCAGCGACAUCAAAGUUACAGGUCGCCAUAAAGGUCUGAGUUAAAAGCUUUAGUGGGUUCUGACAACAGCAAUGCCUUCCUCUGCAGAUGGCACAGUGGGGUGCAGACAGUGCAGCUUAGAAUCAUAAAAUUACGGUAGCUUAACGGGACCCAAAGAUAAUCUACAGUGUACCCCACCCCCCAUGGAUUAACCCACUUUUUCUGGUUUUAGUGUUCUGCAAGCAAAGAGGCAGAGAGCAAAUGAGGUAGCUCAGUGCCGGAGCUGCCUCUUGAAUCAACAUGAAACGAUCCCGAUGGUCACAGUGAAAAAAUUUGCUGCAUAUUACAGCAGCAAAUCUCCAAAGUUGCUAGCCAACAUGAGCAGGGGAAGGAGUUAUUCCGUCUGUCUUCAACUUGGUCAGGUCUGAAUAUGUAGCAGAAUGUGUUGCCUUAGCCUUGAAAAGGUCUGAUUGACUCUCAGUUCAGGCAGCAGAUGGGAGAUUGCUUUUGGAAUGUUCCUCUGUGGAAAAAUAUCUCCAUGCAUGUUAAAAACUAGUAGUUCAAGGAGCAAGCUAGAAAAUUAUUUUUCUGAUGUGCUAGUUUUUCCCAUUUUCAGGGCAUAUUUACAGAGGGAUGAGAGUGGAUUUAAAAAAGGCAAUGAUAUUUUAUUUCCACAUUCUCCAGACCAGGCCAAACCAUUGUCUCCCAGCUUGAAGCAAAGCUCACUCAAUAGGCCUUCUAAAGGCUCUGUGAGAUGUGUGUUCCUUGCUACGAGGAAGUCAGCAAGUGGAAUGCGUGAGCUUCAGUCACUUUCCUUGUGCUAUUUUUGAUUGGAACAGGACCUUUUCAAGAGCUCUAUUUCAGAAAAAACACCUAUUCCAUCCUAUGGUGGUGCAACUUGUUUUUGCUAAGCAGAGUCACCCGAAAUUGGCUUAAGGUCAUUCCUGUCAGGCAUAGUAGGCAGAGGGCAGUAUCAUUUUGGACAGUAUCCUUAGCAUAGACAAAACCUGCUUCUGUUAUGAUGAACAGUGACUCAGCCAGAAGUGUCAGGAACCAGGGUGCUGGAGGUGUCUGCAAGCAAUGCUACUGCAGUGGGUUACUCCUCUUGCACACUUGAGUACCUUCUGCUACACACACACACACACAGAGGGAGAGGGAGAGGGUGGGGGAGCUGCUCUGCUGGCUGUCACUUGGGGCUGCUCAUUAGCAAGGAUCUAAUUCUGCCCUCACCUUCCUGAGUCAUAGUCAAGGUAAAUGGACCGUGGGGCUUAUGCACUUAGGAAGGUUCAAUCUAGUUUUGCUACAGUGGGAUUGGUUUAUCUCUGCAUUUCUCCAGUAAAUGAUUUCUCAGGCCAGAGUGACAUCUAGUGGUUCAGGAUACUCUUGUUCUCUUGCAAGUGAUCUGGCUUUUAUUGAUGCUUUACUUCAUACAGUGCAACAACCUGUUCUGUACAACCACAACAGCCCACUGCUGGCACACACCACAGUGUUUUUAAGACAAAGUGGGCUGAGGCUUAGGUGGCAGCCAUCUGGAAUAUUCUGUGCCUAAAUACAGCUUGUCAUGUGUGAACCCAAGGACAUGUUGAUUAUGUAAGGGUUAAACAACCCUUGGAUAACCCAUGGGCUCUUUUUGAGCUAUAUGAAGGUUGUUUAACUUUCACAUAAACUACAGUUCCCAGCUUGACAAGCUGCAGCUGGAUGUUGAAUAUGCAAAUCAUGGCUGGACCACAUCACAGCCCGCCAUAGCUUUAGUAAGUCAUUCUGGACUGCUUUGAUCAUCUGACCCAGGUGCUUCAGUGAAGAUUAGUUUGCAGUUAGAUGCACCUGGUAGUGUGGCUAGAAAGUAUGAGACUGUGUGCUGAGACUGUGUAGUUCUUCUAAUUAACUUUUGUGGUGUGUAUUUUACUGUGGAAGAUAUUGAGGUACAAUGAAGAAGUCUCUUUUUCCCAUUUCUUCCUAUUUUUGUUGCCUAUUCGGGGCAGGACACCAGUUUGGAGGUGGCUCACCCUGUUAGACCUGUACUAUUGUCUGCAAAGGUCAUUCUUACCUAAGUGUACAGGAAUUUGCUUUAUGUGGGAUGGCAACCUGUACAUGCUAGCAAGCUCUAAUGAAAUAAAAAUUGUGAAAAAUUAGAAUGCUUUAAAAAAGCAUUUCUAAGUCAAGAAAAAUAACCUUAUAGCCUCAUUCUUCUGUCACCUCUGGGGUCAGCACAGUGCCUGGCACAUACUUUCUUCUCUCCUGUUCUGCAUUCAUGCCAGCACAAGGCUGCCAAGCUGUUCUGUUGUCUGUAUUUACUUCGACACAUGUUACGAUGACUACAUUUGUGUACCAAGUCCUCUCUGAAUUUGGCGAUCAGUCCCUGCCUCGCAGAGCCCCUUCCUUCUCUUUUGAAAAAGUAAAUGUAAAUAUAUUGGAACUUAGCAAUACUGUGUGAAAAGAAAACCCCCAGAAAACUCAUUUUUUGUGGUAUGAAAUCCAUCUGUUCACUGGAAAAUGGGAUGAGGACAAUAGGUUAUGUGUUAAUUUUCCUAAUAUGAGGGGAUUCCAGUGACAUAACUGAUAAUGGAGUGGGGGAUAUCAUGGCUGUGUCAUUGCAAGUGUCUGUUCCACGGUUUGUGGAUGAGGAUCAGCAAAUAUCCAGGUCACUUUCCGACAUUUUCAAAAGUCCUCUUCUUGCACAGUGCUUUGCAGUGUCAUUGUACUUUCAUUCCAGCCAGCAGAGUUAGGAAAAUCUAUUCCUUUGGGACCAGGGACCUUAGGGCAACUUAAACGAGGGCAGACUGGACUAGGGUGCUAUUCAAAUUAGUGUCUUGACUUCUGUUGAGUACUCUAAUGUUGAGGGCAGUAUUUCUUGAAGCUUUUCCUCCAUGAGUCCAAGCCUGUUUUUACAGAUGAGUGAAGAGGUCACUUGUCUUCCUGUUUCCCCCUGAGUAAACUCUGAGAUGGCCCAUUCCAGGGAGCCCUCAUAUUUAUCGUUUCCUAGCCAAGGGGCUGCUAUUUUGAGUUGCAGUUGGAAGUUCCCGCCUGGACUGGGUUCCUCCGCCCUAGCCUCAUGUUCACUGAUGCUCUGUGAUCCAAGAAUUCCUUAGGCUUAUAUAAGCAUUUCUGUAGACAUUCUAGGCCUCCACUUCCCUUUUCCUCAGAAUUCCUCUCCUUGUUGUGCACUGAAGGCUUUUCCUGACCACCCACUGAGUUUUGGGGGAGAGGUUUAGUUGUACAGUAUUGGACUCCACAGUUGGAAGGGGAGGCCCCUGCCCCUUGGUUUGUUUAUGAAUGGCUUUUUUGGCCCUAGCUAUUGAGGAUGCCUGAGACUGGGUAAGCCAUGUGGAAAAUACACGGAUCCCUGUGCUGGUACCAGCUUAGGCUGGCAGCACUAUGUGUAACAGAGUAAGCCCCAGAAAGCACAAUUUACACAAAACUGUGUGUCCUGAAACUUCAGAUACCCCUGCCGUCCCCACCCUGGUUCAUUUCUUUCUUCCAUUAAUGCUAUGGAGCCAGCAGUUCACAUGCAGCCAUUGCUUUAGUUACCACGUCCGCUCCGCUGACAGUGUGUUUUCAGCUGAAGAGAUUUGGCUGUGGCCACUUUCUUCAGAUGCAUCUGGAAUUGCUGCAGGGAUAUGAAUUGUGGCUGCAGCUCAGGCUUCCUCCCACACUGUGAAGAGGGCUUCUUCCAGAUACAGGGCCCCCACUCCUUGAGGGCCAAACUGCAGAUGGCAGCACCAACGCCUGUUCGGUGCCAUCUUCCCUGUGAGCUGCUCCAUUCCUUCAUGCACGUCCCUUUCAGUUGCACUCACAGUGAGGAAGAGCAAGAUAAGGUUGGGAGACGUGGCGCAGGCAAAAGUGACACGAGGGGUUCAGCAGAGAGCCUGUGUCUGCCAAAGGCUGUAGUUUAGCCCUCAGUCAGCAAAGUCUGUGAAUAAGCUAAAACUGCUAUCAGUGAAAGCCUCUGUGGCUGAUCAUGGUGCAGCGGGUAGAGAUGCAUUCUGGCUGACGCUGGUUUCCCUUCUUUCUGACACAUACUAAACCGAAGGCUGAAAAUGUGUUCUCUUGAUCGCAGUCGAGCAGAAUGUGUUGAGCAUCUUGUGAAACCCCACUAUUAAUAAAGCAGCUAAGAUGGGCUUCUGAGGAUUUCUCACUAGCAUUCUGCAAACAGCAGAGCACCAGAAAAAGAUGGGAGAGGGGUUGCAAAUGGUAGUCAGCUGCGUAAACUUUUGCCAUAAUUUUGAAAGUUGCCUGUGCCACAUAGGCUGUACAGAUUUUACUCCUGUUAACACAUGCCUUCUUUAAACCAAAUAAGGUCACUUCCCUUGGAAUUCCUAGAUUAAGACCAAAAGAACUUGCAUCACUAGUAAUGCACACUCUUCAUCCAUGUAUGUUUCUUCUGCAACUGCCUCCCCUUUCCCCCCCAGUUAUGCUGCAAACUGGUUUUGAAGGGUGUUAGAAGGAGCUUGAUAAGGCACAAGGGCCCAGUGUUCAAAGGAAAACCCCAAUACAAUGUUAAAAAAUCUCUCCCAUUUGAGCCAUUAGGCAUCUCUAAAGCUGCUCUUUGGAUCCCAUUGCUAAUAUUUGUCACUCAGAAAAGACAUUGCAAAAAUGUGAAGUGCAUUAAUUGACAAAAGGUCCUGUGUCUAGGGCAUCUUGCUUGCCACAUGGACAAGCCCCCAUGGUGAAGAUCCGUCAUGCCACUGCUUUCCCACCGUUCUGUUUUCCUUCUGCCUUAUCUUUGUUUCAGCUGCUCCAGCACACCAAAGUGGAAGGCUGAGUGGCGUGCUUUAACUCCAUGGUUUCAGGUUUACAGAGUCUCUUUCCAAAUCAGCUUGUGUGCAAAUGAACUUCAUGCAUCUCGAGGAACUGCAGCAGAUUGCAGGAGAUUUGGGAGCUUGUCGGUGGGCACACUGUGAGCAAACACUACUAAUCUGGCCUGUUGCGCAUUUAUCUGGCACAAAAUGAGAGUGCCCUAGAACACACCUGCUGUGGGCUGUGCAUGGAUUGGGGUUAUCAGUGGUACUAAGUUGUCUUUUAGGGAAACCCAUUCCCCAUUGCUUGUUUUCUCCCCCAGGGGUGCCUGAUAAGCAGUCAAAGGGGUUCUCUGGAAUGCAGCUAGAUAACUGCUGCUUAAAAUGAAAAAGGCACACUGUUGCUCUCUGAAGAGUUACAGGGGAUUUCUGAGGAUUAUGCACUCAUGGUGGCUUGCGGACUGUGGGAUGCCACUCCCUUUUAACCUCCUGUCUGCCUUACCUUCUCCCGUGUCCUGUGAAUGUUUUUGUCUUGACCCUUCAGUCCCUCUUGGAAAGUCUGCACUGCAGGCCUUGAGCAACUUUUUCUGGCUUUCCCAGACCCUUUUCUCUCCCAGUACAUCUGAAUAGCCAAAAGGAUUGUUCCAAGCCUUGCCCGUCUUCUCAAUGAAACAGUGGGCUGUUUCUUUUUGUCUCAAGUACUCAUGUCUGUGAUAUUUUUUAAACUUCUGCUGCCUUUUUUUACACUAUGGAAUCUCUACUUUUCUAGAGUGUGAUUUGAUACAUGACAAUUAACCUGUAAUGUUGAAAUUAGUGUAUAGAAUUAUUUAUUUUGUAUAUUCAGUUUUUCAGUGUGUAAAUAUAUCCUGUUUAUUCAGUAAAAUGUUGAUCCUCA